AUGACGUUGGUCAGUUCGUACAACGUAUCCAUACCGUACCGCUGCAGCACAGUCAUGCGAUAUAUGUAUACCUGCCUAUAUUGCAUUUUCCGAAACGGAACCACGGCGUUCUGGAUUGUAAUGCGAUUGAGAAGUGGGAUGGAAGAGAGGCGAGCAAGCAAGCAAAGCAGACCACCAGUCACUCCUUCGUCAUCGCCUCUCUCGCUCACCUACUUCUCUCCCAUGGACGGACAGACGGUGUGUGGUGAGACGGUCCGUAAUCAAAGCCGGUUUGGGACGGCAGGAAGAAAAGGAAGGAGACGAUUGGGAAUAAACAGUACAGUCAGUCACCAAGGUACGUACCGGAGUACAAAGACAGGAGUAGCGGGUACGUGCGGUGCAAUACAAUCAAUACAUACGGUACAGGGCAUGGUGGCAUGGCCGGGGUGGGCACCGGCGGUGGGCGGGCGGCGGGCGCAUGCGUGUGCGUGACGAGACAGACGGGGAUGGCAUUAGCACUCGUGCAUGGAUGUGGGCUGGGUGGUUGAUGGCGUUUGUGCGGCCCGAGAGAGUCAGCUUCCUCUGGAUUCAGCAGCGGCUGUAUCCGCCUCGCGUGCGAUCGUCGGCAAAAACCCAAUCAAUCAUUCAUUCAUUCAUUCAUUCGUUCAGUCAACCACCUCAAUCAUUGCAUCAACCCACGGACCGCAAGCACUCCAAUUCCGAGCAUUGGAUGCCAAUGGACGAACCAGGAAUACAAUGCAAAAGGCUAUUGCUGCCAGUGUGGUUGCCGCUACGUGAUAGUACAAGAGUACAAGCAAGCAAGCAAGCAAGGCGGAUUACAACACCAGCAACGACAUCAUCAUCAUCAUCAUCAUCAUCAUCAUCAUCAUCAUCAUCAUCAUCGUCAUUCUCUCCAUCUCUCUCUUUCUCUCUUUUUCUUCUUUCUGCACACGCUCACACACACUGAUAGCCGGCCCGCCCGUUUGCCGGUGUGUCUGCCGCCUCUUUGCCUGCUCCCACAACUGACGCCCGCUUACCGCUUCUCGCCUCUCUCUCGCCCUCAUCCGCUGGUCGCACGCCGCAAAGCUGCAUGCUAGCGGAAAGCAUGUCCCUGUCCCUUUUCCGUCUGAACACUAUAGUGGCCGCGUACUAUGGAUGAACCAACACGCACCGCCGUCGUCCAGCCUGGUAGCCCGCCAUGCUCCACUCGCCGGCCGGAAGCCGCCACCCCUAAUAAUAAGUCCCCCAUCACCAUAACGCGACUCGCUUCUGCCGGCCUUUUCUCCCAACGCUGGUUCCAACAGUGAACCGUGGGUGGGCGACAGCAUUAGUGGCCAGAUGGUUCACUUUGUCCACCGCUACCGCUACCCGCCGUGCCUCCUCCUCUUCAUCAUCAUCACCAUCAUCAUUUGCUCAGUGCACGGCACUACUACUAAUACUACCAUCACCACCACCGCUACUGCUGCUGCUGCUGGUCAAUGCCGGCGGCUGCCCUGCCCUGCCCUGCCCUGCCCUGCCCUGCCCUGCGCGUCGGAAAAGGUGGCAUCCAUCCUGCCAGCCUGUCACUCCGUCCUCGGGCAAUCCGCCGCCCCCUCCUCUUCCCCUCUACUGUGCAAUUUGCUCCUUUGCUGGCUUCCUGGGGGAUCCUGACC